GCCGCCGGCGAUUGGUCACCCUUGGCGCGAAGCCUUCUCGCGCUGCACCGCGGCGGUCCUGAGGUGAAUCGUGUUUUGCUCGAGAAAGGAAAGCGGCCGAACGAUAGAGAGAGACGGAAGCCGAGAAGGGACUCGGCGAGUUUAACGGAGAGAGAGAAGGGUUUACCGCUGAGGUAAACUGAGUAGGCCGCGACGACGACGUCGACGCCGCCUCCGCCCCCGCCGCCCGCGCUCCUGAGGAGAGUCGGCAUCAUGGCGGAUAAAGAAGCUGCCUUUGAUGACGCAGUGGAGGAGCGGGUGAUCAACGAAGAAUAUAAAAUAUGGAAAAAGAACACUCCGUUUCUUUAUGACCUUGUGAUGACACAUGCUCUGGAGUGGCCCAGCUUGACUGCGCAGUGGCUUCCUGAUGUAACCAGACCUGAAGGCAAAGACUUCAGUAUCCAUCGACUAGUGCUUGGGACCCACACCUCAGAUGAGCAAAACCACCUUGUGAUAGCCAGUGUCCAGCUUCCUAAUGAUGACGCACAGUUUGAUGCUUCCCAUUAUGACAGUGAGAAGGGAGAGUUUGGAGGCUUUGGAUCUGUUAGCGGGAAGAUUGAGAUUGAGAUAAAAAUUAACCAUGAAGGAGAAGUGAACAGAGCGCGCUACAUGCCCCAGAAUCCUUGCAUCAUUGCCACGAAGACACCAUCCAGUGAUGUCCUAGUGUUUGAUUACACCAAACAUCCAUCUAAACCAGACCCUUCUGGUGAAUGCAAUCCAGAUCUUCGUCUUCGUGGGCAUCAAAAAGAAGGUUAUGGCCUUUCUUGGAACCCGAACCUUAGUGGGCAUUUGCUGAGUGCAUCAGAUGAUCAUACUAUCUGCUUGUGGGACAUAAGUGCCGUUCCAAAGGAAGGGAAAGUGGUGGAUGCCAAAACUAUUUUCACAGGCCACACAGCUGUGGUAGAAGAUGUUUCCUGGCAUUUGCUGCAUGAAUCCCUUUUUGGAUCAGUUGCUGAUGAUCAGAAACUCAUGAUCUGGGACACCCGGUCAAACAACACUUCCAAGCCAAGCCAUUCUGUGGAUGCUCACACCGCUGAAGUGAACUGUUUAUCUUUCAAUCCUUAUAGUGAGUUCAUCCUUGCUACAGGAUCAGCUGAUAAGACUGUUGCAUUGUGGGAUCUUAGAAACCUGAAGUUGAAGCUACAUUCCUUUGAGUCGCACAAAGAUGAAAUAUUUCAGGUUCAGUGGUCGCCUCAUAAUGAGACUAUUUUGGCUUCCAGUGGUACUGAUCGCAGGCUGAAUGUCUGGGAUUUGAGCAAAAUUGGAGAGGAGCAGUCUCCUGAAGAUGCAGAAGACGGCCCACCCGAGCUGUUGUUCAUUCACGGUGGUCACACUGCCAAGAUCUCUGACUUCUCCUGGAACCCCAAUGAGCCUUGGGUAAUUUGUUCUGUAUCAGAAGACAAUAUCAUGCAAGUCUGGCAAAUGGCAGAGAACAUUUAUAAUGAUGAAGAUCCAGAAGGCAAUGUGGAUCCAGAAGGCCAAGGGUCAUAGAUACCAGGCCCAAUUCCUGCCUUGUUCUUUUUUUCCUCUUGUUGUCUUCUCCCUGCUUUGUUCUCCCAGCUUUCCCAUGAUUGUCAAUACCGCUGUUUUGAAAGAGACAAACUCACACACCGUGCGUUCAACAACACAUCUGUAGAUACUGCCCAUCAAUCUUGCUUCUAACAGAGAAAUUGAACUACUGCCUAUUGAAAAUUGAAGGCUUGGCCGGACAUGAGCUACCAUCGUUGCACUGUAGCUUCACAGUUGACCACUUUUCCCUUACAGUAUUUGCUGGUUGAGUUGGUUAAGGGAGUCUGCUGCCUCUCCUUUCAAGAUUCAUUGUUUGCUUUAUACACAUUUUUCAUGCAAACAACAUCUAAGUUGUUGCGAUACAAAUGCUGGUAUGUUGGUUUGUUUCUCUUGCAGAAGAAGAGUGGGGAAGAUUCUCUUAUUUUGUUAAUAUUAUAUUUUUGGUUCCUCCGGUUAAGGGUGAAUACAGGGCUUUAGCUCUCUUUAGUCUUGCAGUUUUUAAAUGCAAUGCAGGGUCACCUUCUCUCCUGUUUUUAGCUGCUGUCAGCAAUUCCGUUGGUCUAGAUAACAUCUGAGUUUUUUCCAUAACCCAUUGAACCUUCCAUCCUUUGCCGGUGGGUAGCUAAGGAUGUGGAUAUGGUUGAGGUGCCUAUACCUGCACAUCACUUUGUUCUUGUGUGUUUCUUGAACUGUGUUAUCCUAUUACCUUUCAUUUCUAUGUAUUGUUUUUGAUGCUUUAACUUGGGGAGGGGCACCAAGUUGUAAAAGGUGUUCGUUUUCAACUGAAUGACAGACCACAGAUGGCAUGCCCAGCUACCUGGAAUCCCGCUAGUAGCUGGCAUACAUAUUACCGUAAGCAGUAGUAUGUUUUCCUUUGUAUCAAUACAUUUCCAGUGUGGGUGAAUAAUUAUUGCACCAGCAGCCCAUUUAUCUUUUCAUGGACCUGUGCAAGUGCUUCAGAAAAUAAAUAAAUAAAUUUGGUUUUCUAUGUA